AUGCUGUUCAUGCAAUUUUGUGGAAUAAAUGCAGUAGUUUUCUACAGUUCAUCAAUAUUUGAAGAAGGCGGUCUUAUAAGUGCCGAUACCGCAGGCAUAAUAAUAGCAGUUGUGCAGGUUAUCUUCGUCUUGGUAUCAAUAGUAAUAGUAGAUAAAUUAGGCAGAAGAAUACUGCUGAUAAUAUCCGCUGUUUCAAUGGCUUUGAGUUGCUUAGGCAUGGGAACUUAUACCAUAUUUUCUAAAAAUCCAGAUAAUCAUGAUAUGAUAUUAAAACUUUCUUGGGUACCCUUAGUAACUCUAUGCGUUUAUAUGGCUGCAUUUUCUACAGGAUUUGGUCCUAUACCUUGGAUGAUGAUUGGAGAGCUAUUUCCAUCAGCAAUAAAAGGAAUUGCAGGUGCCAUAUCGACAACAUUUUGCUGGAUAGUAGCAUUUUUUGUCACACAAUCGUUCGGAAUGAUAUCUGAUCAAUUAGGAAAAGAUUGGCCUUUCUGGAUCUAUGGUACUGCAUGUGUAAUAGCAGCGAUAUUCGUGUAUUUUUGUGUGCCUGAAACGAAGGCUAAGACUUUAAGUCAGAUUCAGCUAAUGCUCGGCAGAAGCAAUAACUAA